GAUGCAGAUACUGUGGACCAAGCUCUUCUAGAGUGGUUUGAGGAGGCAAGGAGAAAGUCGGAGCCAAUAUCAAGCCGAAUAUUGACAGAGAAGGCACUGGAAUUUGCAAGUCGUCUUGGUGUGGCGAACUUCACUGCUGGUGUAGGGUGGCUUGGAAGAUUUAAAGCACGACAUGGCAUUCAGUUGAAGGCUAAAUAUGGCCAGUCGGCAACUGUGUCGUGUGAAAGUGAAACAAUGGAAGACUGGAAAAACUCGACUCUACAAGCUUUGUUGGAGGAGUUUAGCCCUUCUGAUAUUUUCAAUGCGGACGAGACAGGGCUUUUUUACAAAUGUCUGCCAACACGAACGUUAGCAGAGAAUGGAGAAAGUACAAGUGGAGUCCACACACCGAAAGACCGCCUUACACUGCUUCUAGCUGCAAACAUGACAGGCACAGAAAAGCUCCCCCUCCUGACCAUUGGAAAAUCUGUGAACCCCAGGUGCCUCAGGAAUGUUAGGACGCGGCCAACCCUCUGCCAAUGGAAUCGCAAGGCAUGGAUGACAUCAACGAUUUUUGAAGGAUGGGUGAAGCAACUGGACAGAAAGUUCCAACUUCUAGGCAGGAGCAUAGCUCUCAUCAUUGACAACUGCCCAGCACAUCAGGUCAUUCCAGACUUGAGAGCCAUAACGCUGGUAUUUCUGCCUCCCAACACCACCCGUGACCUCCAACCCUGUGACCAGGGCAUUAUCCAAUCCCUCAAAGUGCACUACAGGCGGAGAGUCCUCAGACAAGUCAUCGCAAGAGUUGAUGCUGGAGAAGAUCCAAAGUCUUGCCUCGACUUGAGCAUUUUUGAUGCAAUGAUUAUUGCCUCUGCUGCGUGGAAUGAUGUCACACAAGACACAAUUGCCAAUUGUUUCAGGCAUGCAGGAUUUAGCACAACUACACAAUCAGGCAAUGAAGAAGAACCUUCAUCCCUUGACAGUGACAGGAUUGAAGUGGAGGAGCUUCUGGAACAGCUCAAAAGACGACGCAUUCAGGGCGUGCCAAGUGCUGAGGAUCUAUUUGAAACUGACAACAGUGACCUUCCAACGUCGGCCCCAUUGAUAGAACAAGAAGUAUUAGAAGCUGACAACACUGGCCCUCCAGUGUCAACACCAUUUACAGAAGAAGAAGUACUUGGAACUGACAACAGUGACCUUCCACUGUCAACUCCAUUGACAGAGGAAGAAGAUAUUGUAUCCAGUAUUCAACAAAAGGAGGAAGACACACCACUGUCAGAAUCAGAAGAGGAGGAUGAGAGCUUAACAAUGGCAAAUGUCACCAGCAGACAAUGCCUUGAAGCCCUCAGUACUGUGCAGGCCUAUCUUCUACAACAUGCUGGCAGUAUUGACCAUUUGCAGCCGUUAGUGGAUAUUAAAAGUUUUGUCGAAGACACAGCCAUUAGCAAACGGAGGCAGAAGACAAUCAAGGACUAUUUCAAAAGUAAAUGAGAAGGUCCUUUGCAUUUUUUGCCUCCUUUUAAAAUUUUAAAGAAGAUUUACAUUUAUUACUUAAUUUCAUGUUGAUCUGGCGAAGGAGGGAUAGUACCUUUGGGUGGGGGGCAUAUAUCAUGCCUGAAGCCAACUGGUUCCCACUUGUGCCUUUCAUUGAGAAAAAAAAAAACAGAAAAAAAAAACAAAAAA